GCUUUCUUGAUGCAUAUCCCAAUGGCGGCUUAGGCAAUCGAUGCAUCGGCCGCUCCUUCGUACAGGGGUUUAUGUAUUUGGCCUAAAAUGCCGGUCGACUCUUGUAAAAAAGGAAUAGUGAGAUCAUACUACGUUAAUUUCAAAUUUCAUAGUUCAAAUUCUUCAUAUUGGAUUGCUAUCCUGAAUCAAGAUUUUUCCAGAUAAAGUACGAGAAUGCCUGCUGUUGAUUUGCCUACCAGUUUUGAAGAUCAGAAAAUGGAGUCUCUUAGGAAACGAGUCAAGGAUCACCACAUUGCUGUUGGGCUUCAGACCAAGGAAAAAUUCCAAGAAGUCUUGUCAGAAUUGUUUUUUCUUCAAAAUGGUGGCAACAUGAUGGAUUUCUUGGGUUGGAAGAGAAAACCUCCAGCCUCAUAUUUUGAAUAUGUAAAGACUCAGCCUCUCGAGGUUCCAUCUCCAAUUGUUGAAGAUGCUCCUUUGUUUAUUACACCCAUCACAUCUGAAUCACCGGGAAUUAAACUUCCGGUUUCUACAAUUACAACUGUGACAAGCACACCAGCCAAGCCUCUGCAGCCAACUGCUACUCUAUCUAAAAGUACUGUGGGUGCAAGUCUUCCUGUAUUUCUUCGUGCACCAAGUACACCUCAAGUGGGAAGACCACCUACCACAGUGAUGACUCCAGAACAAAUUGUAGAAAAAGCAAAACAGGAGGCCCAUGUUGUGCAAAGAAUAGCAGAACUUCAACGAGAGGGACUAUGGUCAGAAAAACGGCUACCGAAAGUAGCAGAGCCACCCCGAGCGAAAUCACAUUGGGAUUACCUUUUAGAAGAAAUGGUUUGGCUCGCGGCAGACUUUGCUCAGGAACGUAAAUGGAAGAAAAAUUCGGCAAGAAAGUGCGGUAGAAUGGUUCUAAAACAUUUCCAAGAUAAGGCUGCUGCUGCCGCAAAAGCUGAAAAAGAAGAAGAACAGAGACUUAGAAAGGUGGCUUCGUUUGUCGCAAAAGAAAUCCGUACAUUCUGGUCAAAUGUCGAGAAGUUGGUCGAGUACAAGCAACAAAUUCGAUUAGAAGAAAAGCGAAAGCGAGUCUUGGAUCAGCAUCUUAAUUUUAUUGUUAAUGAAACCGAAAAGUACUCGUCUUUGUUGACCGAAGGUCUAAAGCCAACAACUGAGAUUGCCAACAAUAUGGUUGAAAAGCUGCGUGAAUCUGACGAUGAAUUUGAUCCUGAUGACGCUACGUCGACAGAUGAUGAAGAAACCAUAGCACAAGAAGAAACACUUGAUUCUUGUGAUGCUGCCAAAAAUAAAGACAGGGAGAAGGAAGAGAUCGAUGCGCUUAAACGAGAAUCCGAAAUUCCCCUUGAAGAUCUGCUUGAUGACCUUCCACCAGAGUACUUCGAAAAUUUGGGCAAACCUGAUGCCGAUGUCGACAAAGCUGACGAGGAAAAACUCUCUGACGAUGAGUUUGAAAUAAACUCUGAUGAUAGUGAAGAAGAUGACGAAGAAACGAUUGAUCAAGCUGAAAAAGAGGAAGUGGAGUCCAGAGCUGACGAGUUGUUAGAACUGGAGGCCGAAAAAGACAUGCCAAUUGAAAAGCUUCUUGCAAAGUACAGUGGAAGUCCUAAUUUAGAUUCUCUUGAUAAUGAAGAGAUGGAGGAGGAAGACAAAACAGAAGACCUUGGUGACUCUGAAGGUUUGUCAAGUGCAUCAGACUCCGAAAUAGAGUUUGAAGAUGAUUCGAAGGACAACAUGGAAGUUGAUCAUAACGUAAAAGAAAGCCUCGGGAUUGAAUCUCUCUUGGAUGACUCAAUUGGCGGCCAAGACGUUGCCACCUCUAAGUUAUCUGAUGCUGCCGCCCUUGCCGAGAGCUUUCAGCCUAAGGGAAAUACAUUAGAAUCAACAAAGGUGAUAGCCAAAGUGCCAUUCUUGCUCAAACACUCCUUGAGAGAAUACCAACAUAUUGGCCUCGAUUGGAUGGCUGCCAUGUAUGAAAGAAAACUAAACGGCAUAUUAGCCGAUGAAAUGGGUUUAGGCAAAACUAUUCAAACGAUAGGUCUUUUAGCUUGGCUGGCAUGUGAAAAAGGAAUUUGGGGACCACAUCUCGUAGUUGUACCAACUUCAGUUAUGCUCAAUUGGGAAAUGGAGUUCAAAAAAUGGUGUCCUUCGUUCAAAAUCUUAACUUACUAUGGAAGUCAAAAAGAUCGACGGCAAAAACGAAUGGGUUGGACGAAACCAAAUGCUUUUCACGUCUGCAUUACGUCGUACAAGUUAGUGAUUCAGGACCACCAAGCUUUCCGUCGGAAACGAUGGAGGUACUUCAUACUUGAUGAAGCGCAGAAUAUUAAGAACUUCAAGUCACAGCGAUGGCAACUGCUUUUGAAUUUUCAAUCGCAACGUCGGUUGUUGCUUACUGGUACUCCUCUACAGAAUAACCUAAUGGAACUUUGGUCCCUUAUGCAUUUUCUCAUGCCCGACAUAUUUGGGUCCCACCGAGAUUUUCGGGAAUGGUUUUCGAACCCUGUCUCUGGUAUGAUUGAAGGCAACGCAGAGUACAAUGAAUCAAUCAUUCGUAGAUUACACAAGGUUCUAAGACCGUUCAUUCUCCGCCGACUUAAAAGUGAGGUUGAGAAGCAAAUGCCGCAAAAGUAUGAGCACGUUGUUAUGUGUCGAUUGUCAAAAAGGCAGCGAUACUUGUACGACGAUUUCAUGUCCAAAGCCAAAACAAAAGAAACGCUAUCGACGGGUAAUUUGCUAAGUGUCAUCAAUGUCCUAAUGCAGUUACGCAAAGUAUGCAAUCAUCCGAAUCUUUUCGAACCUCGUCCUAUUGUAUCUCCUUUUCAAAUGGAAUCGAUUGUUUACUAUACGGCAUCACCUGUUUACGGACUACUUGAUUACAACCCUUUUGAGCACAUAAAUCUCCACACAUUGAAUCUUAUGCUUCUUGAUUUGGAGUUCACAAUGACAGCCUAUACUGCUCAUAGGAUCAGAAAGUUUCAAGUUCCCGCUAAGCUGAUUGAAGAGAUCGAUAGAGCACCACCCCUCCCUCCUCUUUGUCCUCGAGGAAAGUUGCGGUUGCACGUUACAACCAAUAGGCAACCGCAGCAAGGUCCCGGGGCUGGAAGAGGUAUCACAGUGACAAGGCCGUCGCCUGCAGUUGGGGUUGUUUCUAGGCCAGGAACCAACUCGAUACUUGGGAAUGCUGGAGGACUCGCAUCACCACAGCAACCUCGUCUCGGGGCUCCUGCACCUUUGCUGUCGUCAAACGCUGCGGUAGCUGCCACAAGUGGGGCUCUCACGCGCCCAGCUUUACAACUUCAUCUGGCACAGCAAAGUGGAACUAUGAAUGCAGUUUCCGUUCCUGCUGCUUCAGCAUCUCCAUCAGAAGUUCCCCUUAAAGAAAGCGUCAAUGAGAAACUGGCUGUGUCUGGAGAUGGAAGAUUGAAUUUGUCAUCUUCUGUCGCCCAGCAGUUGCUGAAUGUAGCAGCCAACCAAAACGACAGCUCCACGAAUGCUGGACUCCGUACCAAUCUUCGGAACCUAAUUGCUGUUUCCAGUUCGUCAAGUGUAGUGAACGUUAAUUCAAAUGCUCCUUCUCCACCACCUUUCUCCUCUCAACCACGCACUUCUCACAAUGGUCCUGAACAUCCUACUGGAACUAAGAGAAGCAGCAAAUGGAAUUAUGAUCGCUCUCUUUUUAAAAACAACCCCGUUGAUGAAAAGAAACGCCAAGAAAGACGAGAACGUUUGACAUUCCUUGCCAAACUGAAUAAAAUCAAGUGCGAAGCAAGCCCGAUCUGGGGAUCUGACGUGAUAAUUGCCGUAACAACUACAUCACCUUCACGAUCCUCAGUAGCUUACGGAGAAGACGAUAAGAAAUCUUCCGAAGAGUUACCGUGGUCAAGGCGAGGAGAAUCUUAUCUUCAAUGUUUGAGGGCGAUUGAACCGCUCGUUGGCCGACGGAAGUACGAAUCUCUAUGGUCUGAAACGAAUGCGAUAAGACAACUGUUGCACACUCCAGAGCAGUAUAUCGAUGAGUUGAAAGAUAUUAUACAGAGAUUCGUGGUGUAUACUCCAGCAGUGACGGCGCCUCCGAUUGUGUUUCAUGCAUCCCAUCCUCCUCCUUCAAAAUUGUGGGGCUGUCAAAAAAGGGACUACGAUCUAAAAUCAAAUGUGUCCCCACUCACUUCAAUUUUGCAUCCAAUUCAGUCUGCAAUGAUGACACAGUUUCCAGAUCCUCGCCUCAUUCAAUAUGAUUGUGGAAAACUACAAACAUUGGAUAAUCUUCUAAGGCAGUUAAAGGUGGGAAAGCAUCGUGUUCUGAUUUUCACACAAAUGACACGAAUGCUGGACGUUCUAGAGUCGUUCCUAAAUCACCAUGGGCACAUAUACCUAAGGUUGGAUGGUACUACCCGUGUCGAUCAACGACAGGUAUUGAUGGAGAGAUUCAACGCCGAUCGUAGAAUAUUUUGUUUUAUCUUAUCCACUCGAUCGGGUGGUGUUGGAGUAAACCUGACGGGAGCAGAUACGGUCAUAUUUUAUGAUUCGGAUUGGAAUCCUACGAUGGAUGCUCAAGCUCAAGAUCGUUGCCACCGGAUUGGACAAACAAGAGACGUGCACAUUUACAGAUUGAUCAGUGAGCGCACAGUCGAGGAAAACAUUUUGAAGAAGGCAAAUCAAAAACGACUUCUCGGUGAUAUAGCUAUUGAGGGUGGUAAUUUCACAGCAGCAACGUUCAAAAAGCAAACUAUUCAUGACCUAUUUGAAGUUGACGCUAAUGAAGCAGAUGCUUCGAAAAGAAUGGCGGAAGUACUUGAUCGCCCUAAAGGCGAACAAAUAGAUUCGUCAGCAUCUGCCACAAGCUGUGGAAACCAUUAUCCUGACGGUGUUGGUCCCGUGGCUCCUAACAAAGCUGCCCUUGGCAUCCUAGAAUCGGCUUUAGCUGCAGCGGAAGACGAGACGGACGUUGCUGCCGCGCGGAUCGUUCGAGCAGAGGCCGCUGCCGAAAUGGCUGAAUUCGACGAGUCGGCUCCAUUAGCCUCUGAGGAUGGCGAAAACAAUAUAGUUGAUGCUGAAAUUAACAAGGCUGAAGUUGAACUUCAGCAACUUGAAGAACAGUUGACCCCCGUAGAACGCUACGCCUUGAAGUAUAUGGAGAGCAGCGAGGAGUGUUGGAGUGCUGAACAACUGCGUGCUGCCGAAGCUCAGAUUGAAGAACAAAAGAGAGCCUGGGAACUCAAACGAUUGGCGACGUUAUCUGGGAAUGACGAUGAACGAGGGAGACUGAACGACUCGAUCGGCGGGGUGUCAUUGGAGAACGACGGCGGAUUACUCACUUACGCUCAUCAGGACUCUGUCAAUCAGAAGUGGAUUUCCAUGGAUGGCCUAGAAGAAAUGCCAAUUUGGUGCCCUCCAACGCCUCCCCAAGACGACAGCGAUGUGUACAUGGACUACACCCUGGGACACCUGUACGAAACUCGCAUCAUGGACGAGGCGUCUCUACCUCCUGUUUACGUACGAAAGGAACUAAAACGGCCGCGUAAAGAAUCCGUUCAAGCCCCUCCUGAUGAUGGUCGGCGACCAGCCAAGGUUCGUAAAGAGGAAACCGUGUACGCUCCGCGUUCACUGUUCGAUCGACCGUCGCCUGCUUUGGCCAAACUGCGACGAGAUCUUAAGUUACAAAAAUUCCGAGGCAUAGUCAGGCCUCCUAUUCCACUUCCCAACUUGACUCUUAAAACGCCAGCAUUACCAAUUCGUCCGAUCGAGGAGAAUGAGAAUACUCCGGAAUGGCUCGUUCAUGAGGAUUGGAUUCUGUUGCAGGCUGUCCAGAACUUGCUAGAAUUACCAUUGAAUCUAGUGAUUCUGACGCCGGCUCACACCCCUAAUUGGGACCUAGUGGCUGAUAUGGUAAACUCGUAUUCACGUUCAUACCGCUCACCUAAGCAAUGCCGGAACAGGUAUAUCCACGUGAUUCUUCCCAGAGAAGAGGGCAAGGCAGCCAUUGACACGAGCCCCAAGAAAAUUAAGAAAACGAAAUCUUUGCAACCUCCCAUUCCUACCAAAACUGGAAAUAGGCAAAUGCGAACCUCCCAGCUGGUUACCAGCGACAAUAAUAACACAUUUACCACCGUUUGGCAUCAGAAAUUUGAAACGCUGAAGAGUAUUUUCCACAAGAAAGCUCCUACUAAUAGAUCAAUGUUGACUGGUAGCGGUGCAUCGGCAAACCGAAGCGCGACCAAUGCAAAGCACGCGCAAGUUCUCCUAGAAGCUGGCAUCGCUUACGACACACCUUUAAAUCCUGUUCAAGUUGCCGCUGUCCGUGCUGAGAGAAUCGCUCAGAAGCAGAAAGCAGCCGUUGCAAUGGCUGAACAAGUUCAAGUGCAACAACAGCAGCAGAGAUUGGCUAACUUGGCGUCUUCAGCAUCUCCCGCUGUAAGCGGAAUUCCUGGGGCGCCCAGCAGUCCCGCAACUACUGCCCGUGUGACGUCCACUGCCUCUCCGUCGACGUUGGCAGCCAAUCCUAUGGCUGGUGCUGCCACUGCUUCGACUCAGAUGGGCUCCACUGUUGUCAUGAACACAAUUUCUUCUGCUUCAUCGACCAACACACAACACACACUUCUGUUGCAAGGAUCGGGUGGCGCCAACAUUCAGGGAUCAGCGGUUCAACAACAAGUUGUACUUCAAAGUGCUACCGGUAUACGUACUCAACGUCCAUUAGGUACUUUAACCGUACAAGAAGUUGUUGCUGGAGCCAGUCCAGUGCGUUCCCAACAGCAAGCAGGCACAAUUGUUUCUGGAAGCCCGGCUGCUGGACAAACUGUGGUCACUGUUGGAAACUUGGCAGCUGUACAAGCGGCGGCUCACAUGCUAGCAUCCGCCGGUAUAGCUGUCUCUGGGGCAGGAGUAUUGAACACCGUCACUACUACUGCGGCAGGUGUCAACAAAGGAGCUUCAGUGACAGUCGUUCAGACCGGUGGGACUACUGUGGUCUCGCCGGCAACAGGAACAACCAAGACUCUCACACCGACGCAAAUACAGUAUUUACGGCAACAGGCAUUGGUUAAACAGCAACAACAGCGACUUCAGGAUCAGCAGUUAAAGAAGCUUCAGUUGGUUACGGUCGGUGGUACAGGGGCUGCAGGAGGUGCCUCUUCACAGCUCACUGCGACCGGAGUGACAACAACGGGACAGAAAGUCCCAUUGGUCGGAACCGUUUCAACUAGUUUGGCUGGAACAGCUUCCGCUUUAAGCUCUCUGAACACCGUACAGAUUGCCGGCCAACCACAAGCUGGAGCGAGAACACAACUGCUUAAAGGCAAUGCGACUACUGCUGCUCUGCUAGGAAAGGGAGGAACCGUCGCUAGAGCCAUCGUGACUGACUCCGAAAUGGCUGCUUUGCUCAAACGGCAACAACAGAUUCAGCAGCAACAACAGCAAAAAGCGGCAGCUGCAGCUGCCGCCAAUGCCGGGUCGUCGGGUCUUCAAUCUAAUCUAGGACAACAACAAACGGUGCAGAUUGGAACGGGUGCAAAUUCAACCGGAAUUACAACCGCUCAGUUCCUUGCACAAGCAGGUCUCCAGGUUCAAACAGCUCCAGCAGCUGGCGGUCAGCCUCAAGUCGCAACAUUGGUUAAAACAGUAUCAACACCGGGCAGCAUAGGCGGUGCGCCUAGUGUCACUAUUCCCGUGUCUGCCAUUAGUGUUGGGCUACCUCAGAUGCAGGUAAAGGGUUUGACAGCAGCCGGUGUGAAAGCAGGCACUGCAACUCAACAACAGUUAAGACAAUUCACCAUACAACAUCAACUCCUCCACCAACGUAAAACUCAGCAACAGCAACCAACAAAGACGUCCCAACUUGCACAGACCGUCACGUUAGGAACUGUAAAAGGCGUACCUGGUCAGCAAUUGGCGACAGCAGUGGGAACAGUCCAAUUGGUGCAGCCUGUUGGUGCCAAUACCGCUGCGGGAGGAGCCACAGCCGGAGGUGCGACUGCAGUUUCCAAGCCAGGAGCCAUGAGCACUACAGUUACUAUGCAGCAAUUGCAACAAGUCAUCCGACAAGUAACAGCGGGUAACGCUCAAGUGUUGGUGUCUUCACCGAGCUCGGGUGCAGGCGUUGGCGGAACUGGCAUGUUUACGAAGAACCAACAAGGUCAAACUGUUCAAGCCAGAGUCAUUCCCGUCACACAGCAAGGCUUGAAACAGACCAUUCAGGUUGUGACAACUGGUCAGCCUGGGUCGGCUGGUGGCACAACGCGGGUUGCAACUUUGAGUGCCUCCGCUACAGGUGGCACCAUGGCUCCUAGUCUAGCGUCAGCUCUGGCCGCUGGAACAUGGAAAGUAGCCGGGGGAACUGACGCUCAACAAAAAGCACUGCUCUCUCAGGUGUCUGCCGCAUUACAGAGUGGCCAGCCUGUGUCGUUAGCAGUUCGUGCCGGACCUAACGCUAGUGGGCAAACCAGAAUACUAACUACUGGGACGACAUUUAGCACUAUGACCGUUACUUCUGUUGUCGCUGCCCCUAUAACAGCUACAACGCCGGCUACCACUAUUACUACUCCUAGUACGACAACAGCUACCAUAGUUCCACAGCCAACAGUUGUGGCUGCUGCGGCGACUGCAGUGGGAGCAACAGCAACUACUUUGGUGUCUGAUUUGGAAACUCUGCCGGCUGCCGAUCCCAACAGUUCUUGAACAAAAAAUGUUUGUUUCACUCGUCAUUGAACCAUUUUAUUCACUUUCAUUUUUUUAUCACCUUUUUUAAAACAAACAUACAGUUUGUGAUUUGCUUUCACUAUGAAAUUGGCCCUGUAGACUAAAUCAUGAUUGUUUACUGUAUUUCGUGCCCAUUACAUGCGUUUUGUCGUCAAUAAAUGAUAUUGCAUCCAAA